AUGAGCGGCCUGGGGGGGCAAGCAAGGUGGAAGGUGCUGGAGAGCAAGACCGGGAUGUGCGCCGUGUGCUCGAAUGUUCCAGGUGGCAGGAAGAUCUCUUCACAACAUACAUGUUCGCACUGCUGCCAUAUCCCAGUGUGUCAGCAAUCAGCAGUGCAUUGA